UGCGUUCCGCGCGUGUUUUUCCCCCGAAUCCUCGAACCGACCUUUUUUUGUUUUGCUCGACUAGAAGCACGUGUGCGCGGGGUGAGUUCCACGUGGAUGCUCUCCCGAGAGACCAGACCGAACGAAAGUGAGAGUUGGACGAGGACGUGAAGCGGCUUAGUGCAAGCGACUAAACCCUGGUGACCACUGCGGUGAGAGCUCGGCUAGUGAGACCCACUUUCGUGGACGGGGACGGACCCUCGCGCCCGAGAGAGAGAGAGUUCCCUGCGACGACGACGACCCUUGUGGAGCCGAGUGACUUAUUUGGAAGCAAUUAUAAAAGUGUUAUUCCGCAUUUUAGCACCUCUUAGUAUCGUAUGGACUGUUGAUACAGAAUGAAGUGGAUUGUUGUGUUUACGGUGCUAGGCACACUGCUGAUACUGCAGGCGUCUGCAGCCAGCGAGAAGAAGCCCGAAAAGCGGCCUACCAAGAAGGCCUCUUCGGCAAAGCCCACCAAAACGAGGAAAUCCGUUGUCGAGGAGUUCACCGGUCUGCCGCCGGAGGACAUCGACUUCAUCAAAGAGCUUGACCGGCAGUUCAACGAACACGGCAGCAAGAUCCGCAUCAAGGUCCAGCGCGACAACAGUUCGGAUACGAGAAGCGCCAAACGAAACAUUGACGGUGAACUGGGAUAUGGUCACUACAGUAACCAGCCUGAAGGAGGGUAUCAUUUUUCGAAGCAGAAAUACAUGUUAUAUCCCUACGCCCAGCACAACGUUCAUCUGAAAGGAAUGCACUCUACCGAAGAAACGGUCACCGAAUUGGAAAUCACACCUUCGCACAGCUAUGAACUUAAGCCGAUCGAGGAAGUCUACCAAGUCUACCCAGAUGGACACUAUCAGCACACUACGCACGGGCAACAAUACUAUCACCAACAACAGCAGCAACAUCAUCAACAGCAGGUGCAACAACAGGAAGAUACUCCAACAAUUGUACUAAAGAUUCCUGGUCCUGCCAAGUAUGCUCAGCACUUGCAAGCUUUACUGCAACAAUACUUGGAGGUUCGUGCUGCUCAGCUGUAUAAGGAACUGCAAGAACAGGAGUACCAGCAUCAGCAGCAUGCUAUCCAACAACAGCAGCAACAACUUAUCCAGCAACAACAACAGCAACACUACCACCAACAGCAGGCUCAUCAUCAUCACCACCAUCAUCAACAGCCUCAACAUGCGCAUCAACAUAAGUACAGUCAGCAAGAUACUUAUGCCACACAGGAAGUGUACGUCCCGAUGUACAAAACACACCACAAUACUUUCGUUCCUGUGCAAGGUCAUUACUACGAAUCACCCAAAAGCAGACCAACCCAACCGGCCUACAGAAAACCCGCACCAACACACAUUGCAUACCACAGUUCUCCUGCUCCAGAACACCAAGCAUAUCAGUACGAAACCUACCACCCACAACAAGCUGUUCCGCAGCAACAAGCCCAAGUCCAGUAUCAAUACGUCCACCAAGAAGCUCCAACAGCUCAGGAAGAACCCCAACAGGAAUACGUUUACCAAAAACCCACGGUCAACUUCGUUACCCCCACCCCAGAACAAGAUGAACAUCACUACCAGCAAUCGCCCAAGUACCCCAACUUUGCCGAAUACCACGCCCAACACCAAUCGCCCCACCAACAACACGAAGAAUACCUUCCCGAGCCCAAGCUCGUCGAAAACUACCCAAGCGACAAGCACACUCGAGUCAUCUACAAAUCCCAAUCCCCGAAAGCCCAACUUCAGGAGGCCACCCAGGAGCAGCCCACGUACUACUUAACACACACAUCCUUCAUCCCCCACCCUAUUCCAACCCAACAUCCAUAG